GAAGAUUUCCAGAUAGAGAGACCCACAAGAUAACCCCAGAGUCGUUAGACACAGGAGCAGAUGUACAGGGCGUGCUUGACUCAUACUCAAGGUUGCAUAAGAAACAUUAUUUCCUUCUUCUGCACACCAAGUUUCUACCUCCAGAUCUCUUUGGUUCAGUUGCUGGGAAGCCUGACGCUCCAGGGCCACUUGGGAGAAGCCAUCCACUGGGCGGAGGAAGAUGGGCGACAAUGACAUGCUUGCCCUGUUCAGCUACCCCAUGCUGUCCACACCCCAGUCUCUGUUCACAACCGGCAACCAGGGGGGCAACGAGGAAGCCACCACCAAUUACGACUACGAUUACAGCGCACCGUGCCAGAAAACCGACGUGAGGCAGAACGCGGUCCGGCUCCUGCCUCCGCUCUACUCACUCGUGUUCCUUUCGGGCUUCGUGGGCAACCUGCUGGUCGUCCUCAUCCUCGUCAACUGCAAAAAGCUGAGGAGCAUGACUGACGUCUACCUGCUCAACUUGGCCAUCUCCGACCUGCUCUUCCUCUUCACCCUCCCCUUCUGGGCCCACUAUGCCGCCAACGGGUGGGUCUUCGGGGAUGCGAUGUGUAAGACGGUCACCGGGCUCUAUCACGUCGGGUACUUUGGCGGAAACUUCUUCAUCAUCCUCCUGACCGUCGAUAGGUACCUGGCUAUCGUCCACGCUGUGUUCGCUUUAAAGGCCAGGACGGUCACCUUUGGGGCGGUGACAAGCGCGGUCACCUGGGCGGCGGCCGUGGUCGCCUCUCUGCCGGGGUGCGUCUUUAACAAGUUGCAGUGGGAAGACUCUUUUUACUCCUGCCGCCCUUCUUUCCCGCCAGGGUGGAAGACUUUCCACGCAGUCACGAGGAGCGUCUUGGGCCUGGUCCUCCCCCUGCUCGUCAUGAUCGUCUGCUACUCGGCCAUCCUCAGGACCCUGUUCCGGUGUCGGAACGAGAAGAAGAAGCACAGGGCCGUGAAGCUCAUCUUCGUGAUCAUGAUCGUUUACUUUCUCUUCUGGGCCCCCAACAACAUCGUCCUCCUGCUGAGCACCUUCCCGGAGUCCUUUAACGUGAGUGACUGCCAGAGCACCAGUCAGCUGGACCAAGCCAUGCAGGUGACGGAGACCCUGGGAAUGACGCACUGUUGCAUCAACCCCAUCAUCUACGCCUUCGUCGGGGAGAAGUUCAGAAGGCAUCUCUCCGUGUUCUUCCGAAAGCACAUCGCCAAGCAUCUCUGCAAACAGUGCCCGGUCUUCUACGGGGAGACCGCGGAUCGAGUGAGUUCCACAUACACGCCUUCCACAGGCGAGCAGGAGGUGUCCGCGGGCUUGUAAACGAGUAACGGUUUGCCUCCGACCAUCAA